UAUCACUGGAAGCAGGCGUGAGUUAGUGUCCUUAUCCGAGAAAGCCUGGAGGUCAGCCGGCUAAGAGGUACAGAGAAAUCAAACAUGGGAUACCGGGAGAGGGAGAGCCGAAAACAACUUCUCAGUUUCUCUGCAGCUGACAGAGGCUCCUGAGAGAGACUUUCAGAACUUGAUUCCAGCUGGCCCUUGAAAGCUGUGCCUGGACGUGGGAGCCUCAGAGGGAUAAACAGUGCCUUCUCUGGCUCCUCCGGGUCAAGACCAGGCUGUUCAGAAGGAAGUGGUGUUUUUCUGACCCCAGUGUUCCCACAGCCCCCUGGAUGAUAGAUCAUGGGGCUGCACCCUUCCCCACCCUCGGGAACCCAGUCAAAUGGUUAUCUUUAUCUCGCCAGCUUGUCCGAGUGCUUGACCAGUGCAGUUUCACUUUUGCAAACAUCUGUUUAUAUCCCCUGAGAGAAAAAUAUCGAGCCGCCUGCCUCGACCACGCUGUUUUAGGCAGUGAGCAAGGGCAGCCUCCGAUGGAUAAUUACACAGUGGCCCCAGAGGAUGAGUAUGAUGUCCUCAUAGAGGAUGACCUGGACAACAGUGGGACAGACCAAGUUCCCACCCCCGAGUUCCUCUCCGCCCAGCAGGUGCUGCACUUCUGCUGCACGGUGUUUGCCGUGGGUCUCCUGGACAACGCGUUGGCAGUAUUUAUCUUGGCGAAAUACAGAGGACUCAGGAAUCCGGGGAACAUCUACUUUCUAAACCUGGCACUUUCAAAUUUGUGUUUCCUGCUUCCCCUGCCGUUCUGGGCACAUACUGCCGCACAUGGGGAAAGCCCGGGCAAUGAGACUUGUAAAGUUCUUGUUGGACUCCACUCCACGGGCUUGUACAGCGAGACGCUCUGCAACAUCCUCCUCCUCGUACAAGGAUACAGGGUGUUUUCCCAAGGGCGACUGUCCUCCAUCUUCACGACGGUGUCUGGUGGUAUUGUUACGUGUGUCCUGGCAUGGGCCGUGGCUGCCGCACUCUCUUUGCCCGAAGCUGUGUUUUAUGAGCCUCGGAUGGAAAGACAGAAACACAAGUGCGGCUUUGGCAAACCUCACUUCUUGACAAUUGAAGCGCCGAUCUGGAAGUAUGUUCUGACUUCAAAGAUGAACAUCUUGGUACUUGUUUUUCCUCUGCUGGUUUUUAUAUUCUGCUGCAGGCAAAUGAGGACAGCGCAGAACUUCAGGGAGAGGCACCGCGACCUCCGCAAGGCUGCUCUUGUCAUAACGGGUGUGUUCCUUUUGAUGUGGGCACCCUACAAUGUUGUGCUUUUCCUGUCUGCUCUCCAGGAACACUUGUCCCUGCAGGAUGACAAGAGCAGCUACUACCUGGACGCAAGCACCCAGGUCACACAGCUCAUUGCGACCACCCACUGCUGUGUCAACCCGCUCCUCUAUUUGCUUCUCGACAAGGCCUUCAGGAGUUAUCUCUGCAGCCUGUUCCCACGGUGCAAUGAUCUCCCAUUUCAAAGUGGUGGGGACUCUCAGCAAGAGACGCCGAGGGAAGGUCACGGCAGGCCCAUUGAACUGUACGGUACUUUGCCUCAAAGGCAGGAUAUAUAAACACGGGUCUCCUCCUCACAUCGUUUUAUGUAAUUUUUAUAUGUUUGUAUAAAAAUAGAAUAUAAGAGGAAAGGGGGCUGGUUAAUGAAUAUUUACUACUCUCUGGCGCAGGGCUGAGCUAUUUAUAAAGGUGAAUUCCACUCUUCCUCU